GGGGGUGUGAGCGAGUCCCGGGCAAGCCGCACGGCGGGAUGGCCGAAGCAGCGCGGAUUCCCCACAGGACCACGGGUUCCACCCUCCUGCUCCCGCUCAGCGACUUCCUGGGCAUCCCGCUGGACCAGGUCAAUUUUGUUGCUUGUCAGCUCCUUGCGCUCUUGGCUGCAUUUUGGUUUCGCUUGUACUUAAAUCCCAGUCAUACCAGUUCUGGUGUUCGCCAUGCAUUUGCCACCAUUUUUGGAGUGUAUUUUGCGGUUUUCUGCUUCGGCUGGUACUCCAUCCAUAUAUUUGUUCUCGUGAUAAUAAGCUAUGGCAUCAUGAGCACAGCCAAUAUUCCCAAUAUCCACAGGUACUCUUUUAUAGUAGCUAUGGGAUAUCUCACAUUAUGCCACAUCAGUCGGAUAUACAUAUUCCACUAUGGUAUUCUCACUACAGAUUUCUCUGGCCCACUGAUGAUUGUAACCCAGAAGAUUACAACCCUUGCCUUCCAGGUGCAUGAUGGAAUAGGUCGAAAGGCUGAAGAACUAACUGCGGAACAAUCUCAACUUGCUAUAAAAGCAAGGCCUUCGUUACUGGAGUACCUGAGCUAUCAGCUCAACUUCUUGAGCAUCCUAGCAGGUCCAUGCAGCAAUUACAAGGACUACGUCGCUUUCAUCGAAGGGAGACAUGUGCAGAUGAAGUUAUUAGAAGCAAACUGGAAACAAAGGGGUCAUGAAAGACUUCCUGAUCCUUCCCCAGUGGGUGCUGUGCUGCAGAAACUUUUUAUCAUGCUUGUGUCUCUGCUUUUGUUUCUAACACUGACCAAGAAGUUCCCAGCAAGAUAUAUUGUUGAUAAGCAGUUUAUUGCAAAAAGUUCCUUCUUGCAAAGACUUUGCUUUCUGUACAUUGUCAUGCAGGCUUCAAAACCAAAAUACUACUUUGCAUGGACACUUGCAGAUGCAAUCAACAACGCAGCUGGCUAUGGGUUCAGUGGUGUUGAUGAGAAAGGAAAUUUCCACUGGAGCCUACUUUCCAAUUUGAAUAUCAGGAAUAUUGAGAUGGCAACAAGUUUUAAAAUGUACCUAGAAAACUGGAAUAUCCAAACCACUGCCUGGCUUAAACGUGUGUGCUAUGAUCGGGCUGCUCAGUACCCUACAGCCUUAACAUUUCUUCUGUCAGCUCUUUGGCAUGGUGUUUACCCUGGAUAUUACUUUACAUUUAUAACUGGUAUCUUUAUGACACUAGCAGCAAGAGCGGUAAGGAAGAACUGUCGGCACUUCUUCAUCUCACCAAAGCCUCUCAAGAUAUGCUAUGAUGUUGCUACUUGGCUGGUAACUCAGCUGUCUGUCUGCUAUACUGUUGCACCCUUUGUUCUCCUAGCGGUUGAGCCUACAAUUAUAUUAUACAAGUCACUUUACUUCCAUAUGCAUAUUUUAUGUGUACUUGUCCUGCUGGCUCUGUCACUCAGAUCACAAAAACACUCUGAAAGGAAGCAAAGCAUGGACAACUGUGGCAUAGACAAGAAACUAAAAUGAUACCUCAAAAGGCAAUGGCUGGUCCUCUUCUGUGCGAUGCUGGGAAAAAUGGGUACAAAGAAUAGCAGUGACUUGAUUUAAAACACUUCCUGAGGACCAGAUGGAGUUUGACUGAUUAUCCAGUAACAACAUUUAACUGGUAAUGUUUACAUCCUUGAAGGGCAAAUAUUAUAUCCCUAUAUAAAUAUAUUUAUAAACUACAGAGAAUAUUUUAAUGGACUGUUCUAGUGUCCAUUGUUUGCACUUGUAUUCUCCCUCUUGAAGUUUAUAUUAAUCAGCCAAGUCUUUUGAGAUGAAGGGGAGAAAUAAUUGACAGGGCUUAGCAUUCUGGUGCUUUAAACUUUGAAAUGCUUUUCUUCCUCCCUGCAACAUCAACUGGCUAGAGGUGGGACACAACUUAUUGUGAAUAUGGGUAGUUCCCAAAUCUGGAUGCAGAAUUUCAUGAAUGGGUCUGUUCCCGAGAAUAGCAGGCACAAACCCUGAGUGUAUUCUGAGCAAAACGGAAACUUCAUGGGUGUGUCCUGUUAAUUCAAAUGUUUGGGAAUCAUUAACCUAGAACCCUGGGAAAGUGCAUGCGGAGCGGCUGGAAUGGGAGGAUCAUGAAACGGUGUAAAUUUGAUUCCCCAAAGGUAUGUAGAAUUAGGUAUUCUCUUCAGGUGAGAAAUGUGGACCAGUCAGUGAGUCAAAAGAGAAGUAUGUGCCUUCCCAAAACUCCAUUUAUAUUUUGCUUUUGUUCUGUGCUUGGCAAAUAAUAUGGGUGUCUCCUUCCUAGCUUCAGAACUCCAUAACAUUUUGCCAUAUGAAAGCAAAUUACUCAGGCACUUGGAAAUAGCUCAGGGAGCCUUUGUGCUAAGUCCCUGAUCUGUUUAGAAUAUGUAUCCUGGACAUUUUUAUCUUAAAAGGAAUGAGUUUAUAUUUUAUAAGUCUAGAUGAUUUCCCCCUAUUUUUGCAUAUAUUUUUAAAAUAAGGGCUUCUCAUGCAACAAGGCAAAUCCAAAGUAAUUGAACAGGCCACACAAAUGUGCUUUUCUACAACCAGCCUAUUUGAUCCUGUUGUACACAGAAACUUCUCCCUGCCUGCUCACUCCACGUUCUUCCACCUUUACAUCUACAUAAUGUAUAUUAAGGCUAUAGGGAUGGAGUGCUGUGGUAGUAAUAGAGACACAGGUGCUGCCACUGUCUGCUACCUAAGAACAAUGACCAUCCUUUUAUGCAAGCAAAUGACAUAUUGCAUCCACCCAUAUAAGCUUUUAGUGCUGUUGGGCUGUGCAUUUUGAAGCUGCAUUUUUAUAUACUUACACAUGGCAAUGGAAACAUGUUAACAUUAUGCAUUAACUUGAUGAAUGAAAAAACAUGAGCUGGACUGUUCAAAAUCAGAAGGUCAAUGUAAAAAUUUGGCUAUAUGAUGUUAGAACAUGACUGCCUCUGCAUGAUAUAAACUACUUUAGGAAAGCAGUUUAUUGAUACUGUUGUCUGUUUUGUCAUUGCUAACAGCACUGUUAUGUAUUUAUUUUCGACAUUUUUUUUACCGUGCUCUGCUAUCCAGGGAUUUAAAAGAGCAAUCUUUUUAAAAUAAAGAUUUAAAAAAUCAAUAAACCCAA